UUCAGCUGCGACUUUAUCACUGCAGGUCAUUCAAGACUCCAAAAGCAGGAAUUCAAAAUUUUUCUAUUACAGCGUAAUUCGGACAAUAUUUUUAAGAUUCCAGUUUCAGCACAUCAUCAACCUGCAUAUACCACGUUAUUUUUUUAACAACACCAAGGUUUUUCUGCUGCGAGUAAAAGAAACACUAUGAAGUACAGUCAUAUUCAACUGUAUUGGAUCAUCCUUGCUAACACUUUACAUACAUUCCAUUGCUGUUAUGCACCACAAAAUGUUGAAUCCAACGUAGCUUGUGAUGCCUUGAGUCCAUAUCUAGUAAACCGGACUAUGUGGAAAAGUAAGGAGCCUUCUGGAAUAAUAGAAUGCUUAACUAGUCCGGUGGACUACAUUAUUAUACAUCAUACGGCACUUCGCGGCUGUACUACAACUGAGACUUGUAUGAAAAGGACAAAAAAACUUCAGAAAAUUCAUAAAAAGAUCAAAAAAUGGCGAGACAUUGGAUAUCAUUUUCUGAUUGGAGGAGAUGGUCGAGUGUAUGAAGGCCGUCCCUGGCAAAGAGUUGGAGCCCAUACCAAGUACCACAACCGCAAUUCGAUCAGCAUAGCCUUCAUAGGUAAUUACGACAAGAUCUGCCCAACUGAUGAAAUGGUAUCGCUCGUACCUAAAAUAGUCUAUUGCGGAGUGGAGAAAGGUUAUGUCAAGAGAAAUUUUCAAGUGAUAGGUCAUCGAGAUGCUUACUGUACCUCGUGCCCAGGUGAUUCACUUUACGAACUCAUCAAACAAUGGCCACCAUUCCCGUCAGAAGUUCCUAUUCCUUCCUACACAUGUGAUGCUAAAACCAACACAACAGAAGCUCCUGAUCCAGAGAGUACUGAUGUAACGGAAGAACCGGAUACUGAAGAAACGGAAGAACCAACUCUAGUUUCCGAUGUUCAAGACGAAGUAACAACUCCGAAGCCACAUAGUGUCUACUAUUACAUUCUGGUUCCACGGCAAAAAAUCUCAUGUUGUUAUAGCUGAAAGUGAAAGGAAUGUAUAAUGUGUUUCAGGCUAUGUCCUGUUAAUUGAUCAUUGAAUAACGGCAAAAUAAAAUUUUCUAAUUUUAA